GCAGGCGCAGGGUCCACUCCUGGGACCCUUGGGGUCCAGGAGGUACAAGUCCGCUAUUCCCUUCGGCGUCCGGCGGGACAGGAGGCGGGCGGGAGGGAAACGCUAGCAGUACGUGUACGUUUAGGGCUCUGCGAGGCAAGUGAAGUCCGCGAAGGCGGAAUCCGUCGAGGCAGAAAUGUCUUUUCUCCAGGAUCCAAAUUUCUUCACCUUGGGGAUGUGGUCCAUUGGUGCGGGGGCCCUGGGGGCUGCUGCCUUAGCAUUGCUCCUGGCCAAUACCGACAUCUUUCUGUCCAAGUCCCAGAAAGCAACACUGGAGUAUCUGGAGGAUAUAGACCUGAAGACACUGGACAAGGAACCAAGGACUUUCAAAGCAAAGGAACUCUGGGAAAAGAAUGGAGCUGUGAUCAUGGCUGUGCGGAGGCCAGGCUGUUUCCUCUGUCGAGAGGAGGCUGCAGACUUGUCCUCCCUGAAGCCCAAGUUGGAUGAGCUGGGUGUUCCCCUCUAUGCAGUGGUGAAGGAGCAGGUCAAGACUGAAGUAAAGGAUUUCCAGCCUUACUUCAAAGGAGAAAUUUUCCUGGAUGAGAAGAAAAAAUUCUACGGUCCUCAAAGGCGAAAGAUGAUGUUUAUGGGAUUUGUCCGUCUGGGUGUCUGGUAUAAUUUCUUCCGGGCUCGGAGUGGAGGCUUCUCUGGAAACCUGGAAGGGGAAGGCUUCAUCCUUGGUGGAGUUUUUGUGAUGGGAUCAGGAAAGCAGGGCGUUCUCCUUGAGCACCGAGAGAAAGAAUUUGGAGACAAAGUAAACCCAGUUUCUGUCCUAGAAGCUGUUAGGAAGAUCAAAUUACAGACCUUGGCUUCAGAGAAAAAGUGAUUGUGUGAAACUGCCCUGUUCAGGGAGGACAAGGGGCGCUCAGCUGUGUUUCCACUUGUGGCCCUAGAGAAUUAGAAACCCAUUAUGUCACAUUCCCUGUAGAGAUCAUUAAUAUAUUUUAAUAUUAUACCUUGUUUAGGCCCAAAGAGGCAAAUUACACCUUCUCCCCACCAAAGAUUUAUAAAAUUAAAAAAAUACUAGUAAGUUUUUUAGGUAAAACUUGGAAAAUGGAAUGUUGCUCCUCCUAAAAACACAUAUGGUGUUUGAGUGCUGUUAUUUGAAAUUAUUUUUAUUUUCAUGUCUUAAAAAAUCUAAGAAAAGUUCAUGAUUGACUUGAAGAUUAAGGAUAUACGAUUUCUUCUGACUUGUGUGUUUUAUGUUACUAACUUGUUAUAUGAUAGUAAAGUUCAUAUAAAGGAAUUAUGUUCUGGAUGGGUUGAUACAGGUAAAUUAUAAGGUGAAAUCCUUAUAAUUCUUUUCUUGUCUUUUAUUCUAACUUGGGAAGUUUGUUUUUCUAGAAAAUAUGAUCAUCUCUUGCUCUAAUAAAAUUAUGACUCAGAAAUUGCCUACAAACAUGAAUUUUUCUGAUACAACUAAUA